CGUUUUGAAAGUAAUCGAAACAUCUCGGCUAUUAUGGCAUCAUCAUAAAUACCGGAAAGGGCCGAAAAGUUGCGAUUGGGAAGGGCCAAUUGACAAGUUUUUUUUAGCUUUAUACAGUCAUACCCUUUAUGAUAUUUGAAAGGUGUGUGACUUGGAAGGUAACAAAUACAAUUUUAGACAGCAUGGAUGCUACUGAAAAGAUAUUAUUGGAUCCAUAUUUGUAUAUAUGUCAAAUACCUGGUAAACAGAUAAGGGGGAAAUUAGCAUUGGCAUUUAAUCAUUGGUUGAGGAUACCAGAUGAUACACUACAUGUGAUAGGGGAGGCAACUCAGAUGUUACAUAAUGCAAGUUUGAUUAUAGAUGAUAUUGAAGAUAAUUCUAAUUUAAGAAGAGGAAUUCCAGUGGCUCACAACAUUUAUGGUGUAGCACAUACAAUAAACUCAGCUAACUAUGUCUACUUCCUUGGUCUACAAAAAGUUCUGACAUUACAACACCCUGAUGCUACAAGAGUUUUUACAGAGCAGAUACUAGAGUUACAUCGUGGGCAGGGUAUGGAUAUAUACUGGAGAGAUACUGUCAACUGUCCAACAGAGGAAGAAUAUACAACUAUGGUGAUUAGAAAAACUGGGGGUCUGUUUGGAUUGGCUGUUAGACUCAUGCAGUUAUUCAGUGACAAUAAACAUGACUUCAAACCACUAUUGGAUAAUUUAGGACUGUAUUUUCAAGUGAGGGAUGAUUAUGCAAAUCUUAUUUCAAAGGAGUAUGAGGCCAAUAAAAGUUAUUGUGAGGACCUUACAGAAGGGAAAUUUUCAUUCCCACUAAUCCAUGGUAUAUUAUGUGACCAGGGAGAUAAACAGAUAAUAAGUAUACUACGACGAAGAACAAAAGAUAAUGAUGUGAAAAAAUACUGUGUAGAUUUACUUCACAAAAAAGGUUCAUUUGAUUACACCAAGGAAAAAUUAAUACAGCUAGAACAAAAAAUAUAUGAACAGAUAGACGAGUGUGGAGGAAAUCAACAUUUGAAGGGACUCAUUGAUGAAUUGAAGAAAAUCUACAGAUCUUGAUGUAGAAUAAACUUAGAAAUGUUAAUAAUUUAAUGAUAAUUCUCUGAAGGUAGUUAUAGGACUAUAAUUAUUUGUUCUGUAUUUUGUCAAGAAAGGACAGCAGAAAGGUAUUUUAUGUUAUAAGUGUCAAAAGAAAGUUUCUGUGUUUAAAAAUGUUCACCUAAAGCUCAGCAGACCCUGUAGUUAUUAUUAUUGCUUCUGACUAAGCUUCACCAUAAGCUACCAACAAAAAACAUAAAGUAAUAGUUAUGAUAAAAAGGAAAAGGCAGAUUGUUGUCCAUUAUUGGAUAGGAAAAUAAUUAUCAAGUACAAUAAUUAGUACUGAAUGGAAUAAACUAACAACAGCAUUAUUGCAAGCCUGCAGUAUGCAACUUUACCAAGUGUCUUAGUUAGGCAACAAGAUAAUAUACAGUUGAAACACUACUUCUUUCACUUUUAUUCCUGAUUAACAUAGAAUAGCAUACAAUAGCAUAAAAUAGCAAAUGUAAUGUAAAAAAAUUGUAAUCUGAAAGUAAAACAUUCAUUCUCUC